CCUCCCCAGCUGCGGGUGGCGACUGAGCCUGCGCGGGAGCACCCGGCGAGCCGGCUGCUCAGUUGCGGCGUCAGGUUUGGCGGCGGCCCCAGAGGCUUCGCGUCAGAGAGGAGUUGUGUGGGGCGGACCCCGCAGUCCACGGAGCGAGCCAGCGGUGGAGUCCGGGCCGGCAGAGGCUGGGCCAGAGUGACCAAAGCAGGAGGGGGCCAUCUUGCGUCCAGCAAAGUUGAACCAGAGGAUUCACCCAUCGCUUCUAUGGCUGCCUCACAAACUUCACAAACUGUUGCAUCUCACGUUCCUUUUGCAGAUUUAUGUUCAACUUUAGAACGAAUACAGAGAAGUAAAGGACGUGCAGAUAAAAUCAGACACUUCAGGGAAUUUUUAGAUUCUUGGAGAAAAUUCCAUGAUGCCCUUCAUAAGAACCAGAAAGAUGUCACAGACUCUUUUUAUCCUGCAAUGAGACUUAUUCUUCCUCAGCUAGAAAGAGAGAGAAUGGCCUAUGGAAUCAAAGAAACAAUGCUUGCUAAGCUUUAUAUUGAAUUGCUCAAUUUACCUAAAGAUGGAAAAGAUGCUCUUAAACUUUUAAAUUACAGGACACCUACUGGAACUCGUGGAGAUGCCGGAGACUUUGCCAUGAUUGCAUACUUUGUAUUGAAACCAAGAUGUUUACAGAAAGGAAGCCUAACCAUACAGCAAGUAAAUGACAUUUUGGACUCAGUUGCCACCAAUAAUUCUGCCAAAAGAAAGGACCUAGUAAAGAAGAGUCUUCUUCAGCUAAUAACUCAGAGCUCAGCACUUGAACAAAAGUGGCUAAUACGAAUGAUUGUGAAGGACUUAAAGCUAGGUUUUAGUCAGCAAACUGUAUUUUCUCUUUUUCAUAAUGAUGCUGCUGAGUUGCAUAAUGUCACCACAGAUCUGGAGAAAGUCUGUAGGCAACUGCAUGACCCUUCAAUAGGGCUCAGUGAUAUCUCUAUCACUUUAUUCUCUCCCUUUAAACCAAUGCUCGCUGCAAUAGCAGAUAUUGGGAGAAUUGAGAAGGACAUGAAAAACCAGAGUUUCUAUAUUGAAACCAAGCUAGAUGGCGAGCGUAUGCAAAUGCACAAAGAUGGGGAUGUAUAUGAAUAUUUCUCCCGAAAUGGCUAUAAAUAUACAGAACAGUUUGGUGCUUCUCCACAUGAAGGUUCUCUUACACCAUUCAUUCAUGAUGCAUUCAGAACAGAUAUACAGAUUUGUAUCCUUGAUGGUGAGAUGAUGGCCUACAAUCCUAAUACACAAACUUUUAUGCAGAAGGGGAAUAAGUUUGAUAUUAAAAGAAUGGUAGAAGAUUCUGAUCUGCAGACUUGUUAUUGUGUUUUUGAUGUAUUAAUGGUCAAUAAUAAAAAGCUAGGACAUGAAACCCUGAGAAAGAGAUACGAAAUUCUUAAUAGUAUUUUAACACCAGUACCAGGCAGAAUAGAAAUAGUGGAAAAAACACAAGCUCAUACUAAUAAAGAAGUAAUUGAGGCUCUGAAUGAAGCAAUAGAUAAAAGAGAAGAGGGAAUCAUGAUAAAACAUCCUCUAUCCAUUUAUAAGCCGGACAAAAGAGGUGAGGGAUGGUUAAAAAUUAAACCAGAGUAUGUCAAUGGCCUCAUGGAUGAACUGGACAUCAUAAUUGUGGGGGGCUAUUGGGGUAAAGGUUCACGGGGUGGAAUGAUGUCUCAUUUUUUGUGUGCUGUCGCAGAGAAGCAUGCUUCUGGUGAAAAACCAUCUGUGUUUCAUACUCUCUGUCGUAUUGGCUCAGGUUACACCAUGAAAGAACUGUAUGAUCUAGGUUUGAAACUGGCCAAGCAUUGGAAGCCUUUUCAUAAAAAAGCUCCACCAAGUAGCAUUUUAUGUGGAACAGAGAAGCCAGAAGUGUACAUUGAGCCUUGUAAUUCUGUCAUCGUUCAGAUAAAAGCAUCAGAGAUUGUUCCCAGCGACAUGUAUAAAACUGGCUGCACUUUGCGUUUUCCACGAAUUGAAAAGAUCAGAGAAGACAAAGAGUGGCAUGAGUGCAUGACUCUGGAUGACUUAGAACAACUUCGAGGGAAAGCAUCUGGAAAGCUUGCGUCUAAACACCUUUAUGUCGGUGGUGGUGACGAACCCCAAGUAAAAAAGCGGAAAGCUCCCUCCAAAAUUAAGAAAGUUAUUGGAAUUAUUGAGCACUUAAAAGCACCUAACCUUUCUAACGUAAACAAAGUUUCCAAUAUAUUUGAAGAUGUGGAGUUUUGUGUUAUGAGUGGAAUAAAUGGCCAUCCAAAGCCUGACCUGGAGAACAGAAUUGCAGAAUUUGGUGGUUAUAUAGUACAAAACCCAGGCCCAGACACAUACUGUGUUAUUGCAGGGUCUGAGAACAUAAGAGUGAAAAAUAUAAUUUCUUCAAAUAAACAUGAUGUUGUCAAGCCCGAGUGGCUGUUAGAAUGUUUUAAGACCAAAAGCUGUGUGCCAUGGCAGCCUCACUUUAUGAUUCAUAUGUGCCCAUCAACAAAACAACAUUUUGCCCGUGAAUAUGAUUGUUAUGGUGAUAGUUAUUUUGUUGAUACAGAUUUGAACCAACUGAAGGAAGUAUUCUCAGGAAUUAAAGAUUCUAGCGAACAGACUCCUAAAGAAAUGGCCUCUGUGAUUGCUGAUUUAGAGUAUCGAUAUUCCUGGAACUGCUCUCCCUUGAAUAUGUUUCGAAAUCACACCAUUUAUUUGGACUUGUAUACUGUUAUUAAUGACUUGACUACCAAAAUCGAGGGAACAAGAUUAGCUAUUACAGCCUUAGAGCUUCGAUUUCAUGGAGCAGAAGUAGUUUCUUGUUUAGCUAAGGGAGUGUCUCAUGUAAUCAUUGGGGAGGAUCAUAGUCGUGUUGCAGAUUUUAAAGCUUUUCGAAGAACUCUUAAGAGAAAGUUUAAAAUUCUGCAAGAAGGUUGGGUAAUUGAUUCAAUAGACAAAUGUGAGUUACAGGAUGAAAAUCAAUAUUUGGUUUAAAGCUUGUUUUUUUAUUUUCUUUAUUUUUAUUUUAUUUUAUUUUAUUUUAUUUUUUAAAGCUUGUUUUUUUUUAGUGAGGAAAUCAUCUGAUUUGGCCAACCCCUAACAGGUGAUAAUGAUAAAAUAUUAAACUAAAUUUUAUUUUUAUCUCUUAAUAUCUAUGCUUGAAUAAUAUUAUUAGAUAUAGGAAAACAAUAAUUUUCACUUUUGAAGUAGACAAGACAGUGGCCUGAGGCCAAGAAAGAAGAAAUUAUUUUAGCAAUGUAGUAGUUGAUGAUUUUUAUAAUCAAGAUGGAAAAAGCUUUAAAAAAAGAUUUUUAUGUAAUAUCCCUAUAACCAUCUAGAAGUUUGACUCAGAUAUUAAUAAAAUACAUAUAGAAAGUUUUAGAGUCAGAAUUUUAACCUAAACAGGAUUUUCUGAAGUCAUAAUAGUUUUUAUCUAAUAAAAGCAUUAUAAGGAAAAAGCAGAAUUGUUAUAAUUGGACUUGUAAAAAUAAGUCUUUUAAACUAAAUACUGAAUUUUGGGAAAAAUAUCAAAUGUUGUAAACAAGUUUAUUUUUUAAGGUUAAGGUCAAGCUCAUGAAUAAGACCUUGCUAGUGAUAUCAUUAGCUAAAUUAGGGGAAGUGGAAUGACAAUGUCCUAAAAACUUAAUUAGAUCAAUAUAAAUGAUAGUCACAGUGAUUUUUUUUUAGAUAUAGUUCAUCUCAAAAUGGCAUGUGUGUUGUAACUUUCACUACAGAGAAAUAAAUUGCCUUGACUUUUAAUAUUACUUACUAUCCUUAGGUUAGUUAAAGUCAGUGUGCAUUGUAUAUAUUGUGUCUGGAUUUCUAUGCCAGAUUGUGGAAUAUAGCUUACAUAUUGUGAAAAAUAUACUUUGACACUAUUGAAAUACUUAGAACUUGGUACCUGAGAAAUGGUGUGUAGGUUAUUUAUAAAUAAUUAGAAAUGUUACCCAAACAGUGGAACAAGUGUAUGUAAUUUUAUUACAUUUCUUAAUUUAAAUAAAAUAUUUAUAUACUAUUGAAAUGAUUUCUUAUGGUAUAUUUACUUUAAAGUAAUAAUAGUUAUUUCAAUCAGAUGUUAUGGUAUCAAUGUAAAUAUUGAUUAAUUUAAGUCAGGUUCCUAUUAAAGGUCAUUUGUAUUUUA